UAUAUAUAGCGGCCCCGCCUCGCCGCCCCCUCACUCCGUCUCUCUCCGCACAGCCAGACCCAGCACCCAGCGCCGCGCGCCAUGGCUCUCUAGCCCUGCCCGACCCCGGACCAGCGUGCGCAGCGCCGCGCCGCGCCGCCGCCGCCCCCCGCCGCCACCAUGGAGUCUUCCUGCUCUGCCCCCAUCUCCCUACCUGCCACCGUUCUUGCCAGCAGGAAUCACGGCCCCUGUCCAUCACGCUCUGGCCCCUUGCCCUAUUGCGCUGUGGCCUGUGUGAACCCACAGCUGCCCCACCAUGUCAAUGCUGGCAGCACUGACCCUGGACCGGGAGAAGACUCCGCUCCCAGCUAGUGCCCUCUCCUGGAGGGCCGAGUUCCUCAAGAUCCCUGGCCACUAUGAGCCCAUGCCAGGGGCCACGGAUGGGCGCUAUGCCCAUGGCACGGAGGCAAUGAUGCUGGCAGGCGAUGGCUUCUCAGACUGGAUGACGGAGAGGGUGGACUUCUCCUCUCUCCUGAUGGAGUCGGGGGACCCAUCGCUGCCCUCACCCCCGCUGCCCGACCUGGAGGCCAUGGCCUCCCUCCUGAAGAAAGAGCUGGAGCAGAUGGAGGACUACUUCCUGGAGGAGUCACUAUCCCCUGGGCUGGGCCUGGACCAGGUAGCUCCCAGCACACCACCUUCACACCAGCCUGCCUUCCACUUCCCCUUUGGGGAUGGGAGUGGGCCAGCAGGAUCCUACCCACCCUUCAGCUCUGACAAUCCCACACCACUGCAGACCCUUGACUCGGGCUGCCUGGAGCUCCUCAGCCUGUAUGGGGCAGGGGUGCCUGGGGAGUGCCCUGGCCAGGGCCUGCUGGAGGAGUGUGCCAGUAGCCCAGCAGCCAAGCGCAGCAGGCAAAGCCCCUUGGAGCAUCCAGCAGCCCCCUGUGGGCUAGCCCUGCCCCAGCAAAAGGGGGAUCGUAAGCAAAAGAAGCGGGACCAGAACAAGACAGCAGCACUGCGGUACCGGCAGCGGAAGCGAGCUGAGUAUGAGGCACUGGAUGAUGAGUGCCAGGGCCUGGAGGCCAGGAACCGUGAGCUCAAGGAGAAGGCAGACUCCAUUGAGCGAGAGAUCCAGUAUGUCAAGGACUUGCUCAUUGAGGUCUACAAGGCCCGGAGCCAGAGGCUCCGAGCCCAAACUCCACCCCAGGUCUACAGCAUGGCCUGUAAGUCAGAGGGAGAGGGGCUCUGAAGGAUACAGAGCUUCAGGCCUGGCCUCCAGGCAGUAGAGGGGGGUACAGGGGAUAGUAAACUAGACGAUACUCUGGGUUAGAGAAGCAGUAUCUAGACGUGUGGGGAAUGCUGGGUGACAUGGACCUGUGAGGGAGACCAGGCUGCCAGGCAUGUCCGCUCUCCAAGCACCGGCAUUGCCUGUGCCAGCCUGCCCUGCCUCUAGGGAGGGAUGUUGCAGGAAGGGGGUGCUGGUGUGGCAGAGAAGGGAUGUGUAAGAAAGGUGUGGGGGGUGCUAGAGAGGUACAGUGAGGGUGCAUGUGAGACACAGGCAGAGACAUGUACAAAACCACUUGUAUAGAUAGACCUUUUUUGUAGCUUACUUUAUAGAGCAUAAAAGCCAAUAAAGGCUGUUCCUGCAUUCA